AUGUCUACCCCAGUCCAAAACGUCACCCUUGUCGGCGCCACUGGCAACGUCGGCUCCAUUGCCCUCGACAAGCUCUCCGCCUCGCGACACAACCUCCAGGUGCUGCGCCGCCUCGGCUCCAAGUCGACCUACCCUGCCUCGGUCAAGGUCGUCGACGUGGACUUUUCCUCGGCCGACGCCCUGACCCGCGCCCUGCAGGGCCAGGACGUCGUCAUCUCCACGCUGCCCGCCGACGUGGCCGCCCUGCAAACCACGCUCGUCGACGCCGCCGUCGCCGCCGGCGUCAAGCGCUUCCUGCCCAGCGAGUUUGGCUGCAACCUCGACAAUGCCCUCGCGCGCCAGAUUCCCGUCUUUGGCGAAAAGAUCAAGAUUCAAGAGUACCUCAAGGAGCGCGCCGCCGCGGGCCGCAUCUCGUACACGUUUGUCUACAACGGGCCCUUUCUCGACUGGGGCAUCCAGAACCAGUUUGUGCUCAGCGUCGCCGACUACAAGCCGCGCCUGCUCGACGACGGCAAGGCCCUCUUUAGCGCCACAAACCUGGACACGGUCGGCAGCGCGCUCGUCGGCAUUCUCGACCAUCUCGACGAGACCAAGAACCGCGCCGUCUUCCUCGAGGACAUUAAAAUCUCCCAGCAGCGCCUGCUCGAGCUCGCCAAGAAGGCAGCCCCGGAGAAGCCCUGGGAGGUCAGCUACGUCAAGGUCGACGACCUUGUCAAGGUAGCCGGCGAGAACCUGGCCAAGGGCCUCUUCACCUUUGACAACAUUGCCCCUUUUAUCCACAAGUCCUUUGUGUCUCCCGGCUACGGUGGCAACUUUGAAAAGUCGGACAAUGAGCUGCUGGGUCUGGGCCACAGCUCUGACGAGUUUGUUCUGGAGCAGUACAAGAAGCUUCUCCAGUAG